UACGAAACAAUCACUUAAUAUGCUUAAAAUCAUCGAUAUGACGAGUGAUAUUGCCAGAUGUAAGUUAACUCCAACAAGCAUUGUAAACCCCUUCUCACACACACCGCGAACCAAACAUGACACCACUCGAGAAUAUACAACUACUCGAUCUCUUUCAUUACCAACACACCGAUUCUCCCACAUUAAAUCAAACUCCAUCAUUGAGUCGCAUUCAGCCACAUGGUGGCAAAUUAAUUCAAAAGUUUUAGCUCAAAUAAGGAAAAAGCUUUCGGUUAAUGGCAAGCGUAAUUCGAAUUAUUUAGUUACAACAAAACCAGCAAACAAGUUGAACCAUCGCUAUUCAAAAUUAAAGAUCGCAAACACCGAACAUGUCAAAGGAUGUAAUAAGCCCUAGAAGUGAAAAUCGACUCCUACAAUCGGACAACGAGGACAACGAAUUAAAUACAACAAUAGUGUUUGGACCGAAUCGUAUAUACCGAACCAUUAGCGAAUCGUCGUUGAGCGGUAUAUCAGCAAACCUCAACAAUUUGGAGGUAACGAAUUCCUCUAAGCGUAACCACCGUUCCAUGGUAUUCUCGGAAGAUACAACAGAAAAAUCGUCGUCGUCUACUCCGAAAAAAUUGAAACCAUCAGUCACAAUGCCGCCGCUUGUUUCCGAAGUGGUUAAAAAUGACUUCCACAUCGUCGACAUUGUUUCGGACGAUGCAGCAAUUGAGUUCUUCAGUGAGACGCAAGGCACCAGCAUAUACACCGCCGUGCUAAAAGAAAUCACUCGAGCGAAAGACAUCAGCAAAAUCAACUUUGAGGAUAGCUUCCUCGACCGGGGAAAAUUUCGCUACAUCUGUUCAAAUGCCACAACUCGGGAUUGGCUCACUUCGAUAAUCCCAGGUAUUAUUCCAUGGGGAAACGCGAAAAUUAAGUCAAUCAAUCAAGGGGCCCCACCAACUCUGUUCAAGUACACAAUGAUCGUGUCGAUGCCAUCGCUCGAGCCACCCGAUAUUUUCACUCUCAUGGCAGCGCAAAAUGUCAAUCUGGAUACCUCCAAUUGGAGAUGCGUUUUUCGGUCCAAAGUCGAAAAGAAUAAGCAAACGUGGAUCGUCAACGUCGAUGAAAAUUCACUUCCAGCACUUAAGGAAGUCGAUUUCAAACCGUACGCCGGCAGCAGCCGGAUAAAAAUGUUCCCGAAAAAGUGAAUGAAGCAGCAGCGAUCACUAAUUUGUAAAAUCCAUUCCCAUAAAUUGAAUAAAAAUGAAAAAUUUAUUUCCCAGCAUACAAAUCAA